AUGUUUCACCAUCAGAUCAAAAACCUGUUUAAGAAAAAACAAUCUGUGGGAGCAGGAGACACGCCUAUGGCGCCGCCAUCUGUGAACUUGACUGCAGCAGACGGCAGUGUGACGCCCGUGAUGGACUCGUUGGACGUGGCCAAGGCCAAGGCGGACUGUGUUGAAACAGCCGGAACGCUGAAUCCGUCAGACCUCAGCUCCAGUGACCAAAGUGCCCUCAACGACCGCAGCGCCACGAGAGUGCCUGAGCUGCAAGACGCUGAGAUGGCGGAGCCUACCAGCAAAGUGCCGGUUGCCGCUGGGGACCUAGUUUCUGUCGACGUGGACUUGGAUCUGGACGGCGAGACAGACAGUCUGCAGGGCUCUACCACCGAUGAGGAAGAGCCUGAGGGGCAUUUUUUGGAACAAGCAGAGCUGCCGGAUUUCAAGCUCAUCUCGAAGAUUGGCGAAGGCGCCUUUUCUAAGGUAUACCGAGCUAUCCCGCAAGCAAACUCCUCCAAGGGGUUUCUCCAUAAGACGUUUCGCCAAGUGGCUGUUAAAGUCAUCAACAAGGAGGAUUUACCGUCGAGUAACCGCGAUUCCAAAAGCAAAGCAGCCUCAAAGGAUCAGGUACUCAAGGAGGUCGCCAUCCACCGCACCAUCUCAGCUAGUGAGAACGUGGUGUCAUUUGUGGACUUUCACGAGUCUCGGCACUUUUACUUUAUAAUACAAGAGCUUCUCGCGGGCGGUGAGGUAUUUGGGGAAAUCGUACGCCUCACGUAUUUCAGUGAGGAUCUUACUCGCCACGUUAUUCGCCAGCUGGCUUUGGCUGUCAAGCACAUGCACGCGCUUGGGAUAGUACAUCGGGACAUUAAGCCCGAGAACCUAUUGUUCGAGCCUAUCGAUUACAUUCCUUCCCAGGUGCCUGUGCUGCGCAAGUCUGACGACCCCAAGACCAAAGAGGACGAGGGUGUUUUCAGACCUGGAAUCGGUGGUGGCGGUAUCGGAGCUGUCAAACUCGCUGACUUCGGUUUGUCUAAGCAGAUAUACUCCACAAACACCAAGACCCCCUGCGGGACAGUGGGGUAUACCGCUCCAGAGGUGGUCAAAGAUGAACGUUACUCCAUGCAAGUGGAUAUGUGGGGUAUUGGAUGUGUUCUGUAUACGCUACUCUGCGGGUUUCCUCCUUUUUACGAUGAGAAAAUCGAUGUUUUAACCGAGAAAAUUUCCAGAGGUGAAUUCACCUUUCUAAGACCCUGGUGGGACGAAAUUAGCGAUGGCGCCAAGAAUGCAGUCUGUAAACUGUUAGAAGUGGAUCCAGCCAAGCGUUACAACAUAGACGAAUUUUUGGAUGAUGAGUGGUUGAACCAAUAUGACUGCCUACGCGGCCAACGUAUAAAGAAGCACAGAAACGAGUCUACCGAGAACGUUUACACACUUAACUCCAAAAAGAAGCGUCAUCACCGCGUGCAAGGGUUCAAACGGGACUCUUCUUUAUUAUACUCUCCUGCCGCAGUCGCUCUGCGCGAUGCCUUCGAGGUGACCAAUGCGUUACGGCGUGAUGCUGACGAUAAGAUGCAUGGACCCCACGGAGUAAAUCUUGGGCUAUUACAAGAGGACGAAGAACUGGGCCUAGAGAAUGAUAUGUUCCAGCUUCGUCUAAAUUCCUCCACAAUUAUCAAGAGGCGUAAGAACAAAGAUGAUCCUGUCGAUGUUCCAACAACAGUUACCGAGUAA